AUGUCGCAAUCACAAGGCCCAGCAUCACUAGGCAAGGUGGUUGUUGUCGGCGGCUGCGGCUUUCUGGGCAGCCACAUCGUCAAGUACAUCGUGGAGCGUCACCCGCAGACACAGGUCGAGGUGCUCGACCUACGAACCAACUCGAACCGCAAUGGCAGCCCCAACGUAUCGUACCAUGACGGCGACAUCACCGACCUGGCGGCCAUGACGGCCCUCUUCUCCAAGCUCCGGCCCGACGCAGUCAUCCACACGGCCUCGCCGCACUUCAACCUGAAGCCUGAGAUCCACGACAAGGUCAAUGUUGGAGGCACCAAGAAUCUGGUCAAGGCGGCGCAGGACACAGGCGUGAAGGCUUUCGUCUACACAAGCUCGGCCAGCGUCAUUCUCAGUGCCACGGAGCCAUUGGUCAACGCGGACGAGCGGUGGCCGAUUGUCGCGGGCGAUGCGCAGCCCGAGUACUACACCACCACCAAGGCAUACGCUGAGACGGCGGUGCUCGCAGCAAACCGCACGCCCGAGACGUUCCUCACGUGCGCGAUCCGGCCCGCUGGCAUCAUCGGCGAGGGCGACGUCCAAGUGCUGCCGAAGAUGGUGACGGCGUACCGCAAGGGGCAGACCAAGUUCCAGAUCGGCGACAACAACAACCUGUUCGACUUUACAUACGUGGGCAACAUUGCACACGGCCACGUGCUUGCUCUCAUCGCGCUGCUCCAGACACACAAGCUGAUGCCGACGCUGCCGCUGGACACGGAGCGCGUCGACGGCGAGGCCUUCUUCAUCACCAACGGCGAGCCCGUCUACUUCUGGGACUUUGCGCGCGCCGUCUGGCACGAGGCAGGCGACCGCCUGCCACUGUCGAGCGUGUGGCAUCUGAGCGCGGACACGGCGUGGGCCAUUGGCACCGUCCUGGAGUGGGGCUUUUGGCUCGUGGGGAAGACGCCCAACCUGACGCGGGCCCAGGUGCGCUACAGCUCCAUGUCCAAGUACCACAACAUCAACAAGGCGCGGACGCGGCUGGGCUACGAGCCCAUUGUCACUCUGGGCGAGGGCAUCCGGCGCGGCGUGCAGCACAUUCUGGCGCAGGAGGCGAAGGAGAGCCAGAAGAAGGGGCAGUAAGUCGAGUCGGCUUGAUGCUUAUACAUGCUGUAG